AUGUCGCACGACGCCAAAGCCUGCGUAGAGAGACCUAGGAAAUCAGGGGCCAGGUGGACUAACAAGCACAUUGCCUCCGAUGAGAAAGUUGAGACUAUUGAGCACAAUUACGCCAGCAAGCGUGACCGUUGGAACGGGUAUGAUACAGCGAGGUACAAUCGUGAUGUUGUUGCGCGGUACGAGGCUCGUGAUGCAGCUAGGAAAGUGUUUGUGGUGGAAGGGAAUGAAGGCAGUGACUUGAGAGUUGAUGAGUCCGAGCAGAUGGACUGCUUUGGUAAAGUUGAGAAGAGGGUGAGGAGUGGUGGUGGUGGUGGUAGUACAGGAACUGUUAGGAACCUGCGAAUUCGGGAAGAUAAAGCCAAGUACCUCUUGAAUCUCAGUGCCAAAUCUGCACAUUAUGAUCCGAAAACCCGUUCGAUGCGUGGGGAUCCGCUUCCAGAUGUGGAUCCGAAUGACAAGUUCUAUUGGGGGGACAACAGGUACAGAGACAGUGGUGAAGCUGGGGAGUUGAAGCAGCUCGAAAGUCGUUUGUCGAGGGGGGAGGAGGAGCACUUGCUGCAAGCUGCUCCUACCCAAGCAGAGUUGUUGUACAGGAACUUUCAGGUGAAGAGAAAGGAACUGGAGGCUCGAGCCAAGGACGAAUUGCUCGAGAAGUACGGGAAUGCUGCUGCGAAUAGUCAAGAUGGGAUCCCGAGAGAGAUUUUGCUGGGGCAGAGUGAAAGGCAAGUCGAGUACGAUCGUGCUGGGAGAGUUGUUCGCGAGGGAUGCGCGGAUGUGCAGCUUCCCAGAAGUAAGUACGAAGAAGAUGUCUACAUCAACAACCAUAAGACUGUGUGGGGUUCAUGGUGGAAGGUGGAGGAUCAUCGUUGGGGUUUUAAAUGUUGCAGACAGACCAUUCGAAACAGUUAUUGCACUGGCACCGCCGGUAUCAAGGCUGCUGAAACUUAA